AUGGCGACCGGGUCGGGUUGGCAGCAGUAUUACUGCCCUGCCGGUCAGGGGAAAUACACUUCAUCCUCCUCGUCAACGUCGUCUACAUCCACCACGUCCUCUUCCACCUCUUUCCAGUCCGGCCUGACCAUGGAAUAUACCCAAGACCUGCACCUGAAGAUGAGCAAGAAGAUCGCCCAGCUGACCAAGGUGAUCUACGCGUUGAACACCAAGAACGACGAGCACGAAGCGGCCAUCGCUACCCUGAAGGAGGCUCACGAGGAGGAGGUGCAACAGAUCCUCUCCGAGACCAGGGAGAAGAUUUUACAAUACAAAAGCAAAAUCAGCGAUGAACUGGACCUGAAGAGACGCAUCCAGUCUUUGGAGGAGUCCAUGGAGCUUCACGAGAGGAUGAAAAGGCAAGCUUUGGCUGAGUUCGACAACUACCGGCAGAGGGUGGAGGACCUGCAGUUAUGCACGGAGGCGCAGCACACGCAACGGGUGGUGUCCAUGUCGCGCGAGGUGGAGGAGAUGCGGCGCUCAUUCGAGGAGAAGCUGCGCACUUUCAGUCAAGCGCAGGCGCAGUUCGAGCAGGAGAAGAAGGUAGCGCUGGAGGAGCUAAAGGGCCAACAUCGUCAGGAGGUUCAGGAGCUGCUACGAAGCCACCAGAGCCACAACGCCAACUAUAGUAAAGAUCAGGAGAAGCUAGGCCAGCUACACAAAGCUGAGGUGGAUUCGCUAACUGAGCGAGUGGAAGAACUUAAACAGGACAAGAAAAGACUCGUGGAUGAGUACGAAGCCAAACUCAGCAAGGCCCAGGCCUUCUACGAGCGCGAAUUGGAGGCCAUGAAACGAACGCAGCAGCUGACGGCUGACAACCUUCUUGCGUGGAAGCGAACCGAGGCCGAGCUGCGGCGCGAGUUCCAGACGCAGGAGGCGGCACUCCAGAAGACGCUUGGCAAGCUGCGGACUGAACUGGCGCGCGUCACCGAGGAGGCCCGCGAACACCGCGACAGAUCGCACAAGCUGCAGGCGUCGCUCACUGCUUCUGAAAACGCCGUCAAGGAACUCAGCAAGCAGCUGGACGAGGUGACGCAGAAUUCGGAGAUCGUGGAGAUCCGUCAAAAGGAGGCCGAGUGCGAGCUGGAAGCGGCCCGGGAUCGAGUUCAGCAGCAGGCCACUGAGAUUCUCCUAAAAGCUAGUCAGAUCAGCAGCCUGCAGGCCACACAAAUGACUCAGGAGGCGGCCGUUCGCGAUUUGGAUAACGAGCGCAGUCGUCUGAAGGACAAGGUGCUGCGGCUGGAGGAGGAACGGGAGGCGCUUCACGGACAAAGUCAAGCGCUGGAAGACAGACACAAGCAACAGCUGCUGUCACUACAAAAGACGCUGCGCGAGGAGAAGGCGUCGCACGAAAAGGACAUGAGCGGCCUGCGCGCUCGCUAUGAGGAAGAGAGCAGCCAGACCAAGGAGAACCAGGCCAGGGUGCUGGACGAAGUGGCCAAGAAGCACCGGGCGGCGUUGGAGAACGCGCUAAGUGGGGCGGAGAAGGACAAAAAUAGGAUGUUAGCGGAGCUGGAGCAGCAGUUUGAGCGAGAGCGCCACGCGCUGGAGGAGCAGAGGAGCGCCUUGCUGCAGCAGCUCCAUCACUUGAGAGAGGAGAUGAGCGCCAAGCUCGAUGCCGCCGACCAAGAGGUAUGCCGUCUGCAGGAACAGGUCCAGCAGGGCGAGAAGGACAUGGGCGCGGCCGAGAGUCAGAUGGCCACCAUGAAGCAAGCGCAAGACAAACUGCUCGAGGAGCUAGAUGCCACAAGGGGGCGACUGAGGGAGACCAGCAACCUGCUUACUGCCCUGCAGGGUGAGCUGGAGGUCCAGACGCGUCAGCAUGAAGCCAAAGUCAUCAGCACCAAAGAAGAAGAAAAGCAUAAAAUGGAUAAAAUGGCUUUGGAGUUGGAACUUAAGUGGACUGAGACGCUAAGGCAGGAAUGUAAGAAGCUGCGUGAAGAGCUGCGAGAGGAUCAUGAGGCGGACAAAGCGGCGGCGCUGGGCCAACUGGCCCAAAGCAAAGAGCAAGAGAUGGUCAACGCCCGGGACAGCUGGCAGAGGAAAGUGGACGACCUGCUGGAGCAGAUCUCGUUGCUGAAGCAAAGCCUGGAGAUGCAGCUGUCACAGUCACAGUCGUCUCUACAGCAACUUCAGCAGCAGUUCAGCCAGGAGCGCGAGCACUUGCGCACGCAGCUGGACGAGCUACAGACGGAGCAUCAGCGCAGACACCAGCGACUGCACGAAGCGCAGUGUUGCGCCCUGCAGGACGUCGAGCACGCGCGGCAACGCGACAUCAAGGAGCUUGAGGAGCGUCUGCGCCAGCACCACCACGCCGAGCUGCAGUCACUGCGGGAAGCCCACCGGCACAGCGUGGAGACGCUCAAGCAACAGUCGGAGCAGGAGUUGCAGACGCUGCGCUUUGAGUUGGAAGACGAGGGCAAGGCCAUGCUGGCAUCUCUGCGAUCGGAGCUGAACCACAUCCACGCGUCUGCCAUCGAGCACCUGCGACAAAACCAUCAACAGGAAGUGACGGCUGCCAAGAAGGAACUGGAAAAAACGGUGGAGAAAACCCGCCUCCAGGAGCGCGAGCUGCUGGGUCGCACCUCCGAGCUGCAGGAGGAGGUGACGCGCAGGAAGAAGCACAUCGCACAGCUGGACCAUCAAAUCCACACGCUCAACGAGAACAUCAGCAGCCUGACCAAGGAGCUGGAGCUCAAAGGCAAAGAGGUGCUCAAGAUUCGCAGCGAGGCCAACCAACAGAUCAGGGCUCACGAGCAGGAGCUGCAAAAACGCCAUGAGCGCGACGUGUCCGAGCUGAACGCCGUACACAGCAGGGAGACGCAUAACAUGCUGGCCGACUUCAACAAGGCGCAGGAGGUCCUCAAGGACAAGAUCUCUGCACUGCAAAUUCUGCUCGAAGGCACCGAGGAGAAGUUCAAGAACAGGGAAAGUCGACCCGAGGAUCUGCAGAUGAUCGCCGAGCUGAAAGACAUGGUGUCCGAGAGGGAGUCGCUGGUCAAAAAGCUGGUGGAUGACAAGAAGUUCUACCAGCUGGAGCUGGUCAACCGAGAGAGCAACUUCAACAAAGUGUUCAACGCCAGCCCUAACGUCGGCGUCAUCAACCCGCUCAUUAAGCAAAAGCGAAAGAAUGAGAAAGCGGCGGCGAGCAGAUUCGGCAGCUCCGCCGGUCUCAGGGGUCUGGAGGCAGCCGGCUCGGGCCCGGUGGGCCCCGGGGGUGGCCCGCAGCCGCCGCCGCCGCCCCCUCCGCCGCCGCCCCCGGCCCAGCCCGGCCGCCUCGAACCCCUUUCCCACUCCCCUCUCCUUCUCCACCACCUCGAGCUCAACGCCAACAAACCUCUUCCCCCGCCGCCGACCCCUCCCACAGAACCCAAGAAGUUCACGAGCCCUCCUGAGACAAAGGAAUCCUCCAUCGACUUUCCGGAUGCUCAACGGCAAGAGUGGUUCGCUCAGUACUUUUCCUUUUGA